GUAACUUGUGCUCUUUUUUUUUUUCCGGGUUUUCUGUUUCGGGGGUUUCGCGCCACUUUGUCAUUUUCCGUGCGCCUUGAUCAACCUUGAAACCCAUGCUGUCGCCUGAGAGCAUGACCAAGAGUCAGCGCUCGUGGUGUAACAUCGGCAAGAUUGCGCCUAUACUUCUUCAAUUUGGCGGGUAUCAGCUUGGCGAUGCCGAUGUUCUGGCGCUAGCUGAAGGGCUCAAAGAGAACAAGUCGCUGUCAUAUCUCGAUCUGGACAGAAAUCACAUUACCGAUGUUGGAGCGCUGGCUAUUGCGAACGCGAUCAAAGGGACCGUGCAGCUGGGUACGCUUUCUCUAGCUGGCAAUCAGAUUGGCGAUGCUGGAGCGAAGGCGAUUGCAGCGGCACUCCAAAAGAACACGACGAUAAUCAAGCUCGUUCUGAGUCAGAAUCAGAUUGGCACUGCUGGAGCCCAGGCAAUCGCUAAAGCUAUCAAAGCGAACUCGACGCUGAAGUGUCUCGAUUUGACUUCUAAUUGCAUUGGCAGUGCUGGUGUCAGAGCGCUUGCUCGAGCACACAAAGUCGACGGCACUCAACCUGCCAUGUUCUUCCACAACCAGAUACAUCCUCUCGUAUUCUCGCACAUUUCACGACCCGCAAGGACUGACGACCGUCCGACCGUGCUUCGCUUGCUGACCGAGAGACCGGAGCUGGAGGACCAAUCUGCACAUCUCCCAGCCCUGCCAAUCGAGAUUGCCGACCUCAUUUUGGACGAGGCGCGUUACUGGCAAGGCGUGCAGCAGUCCGAACGACUGUGGGAUGACGAUCAGGACACCACUUGUCUGCGCACCAAAGUUCCUCGGAGCAUCCAUGCCUAUCCGUGCCAUGUCAAGUUAAUUCAAGUGUUUCGUGAAUGGGAUUCUCCCAAAAACGUUGGAUCGGACGUUUUCGAUGUGAUCCUUCUCGAUGAGGCAGGCGAAGCUCGAUUCAAAUGCACUGCGAAAGCGACUUCUCUCAACUCGACCCUUCAGCUUGCGACGUUCUCGCCAGCGAGUCAUCCCGUCAUCCGAGAAAUGUGUGACGAUUGGAAAGUUCAACUUUGUACUCCUGGAUCUGGCGAGGAUUUGCUGUGUGAGUGGAUUAAUGUCGGAUACAUCGAACGAUCAAGUGAAUAAAAGAAAUGCAUUUUCCCAUA